AAGAAGCUUUUGGCUUUGGGGCGCGCGUGGCGUGGAGCUUCAUCAUCAUAUAAGAGGCCGCAGACGGAUGGGACAGAGAGAAGGAGAGAGCCGUGCACGCCAGUCGUCGGUGCCGGCGGCCAUGACCAAGGACACCGUGCUGAUCGCCGCCUCCGUGGCCGCGCUGGUCGUGUUCUCGGCCGCCACGUUCCUGUGCUCCUGGCGGCGGCGGAGGAGGCGCGCGCAGUCGGCGUCCCAGCGGCGCGACGCGGCGGGCGACGACGUGGAGCUCGGCCAUGGCCGCGGCGGCGCGGCGGCAGGCGGGAUUGACGAGGCUGUGUUGGCUGCGUACCCGACGCUGCUGUACUCUUCGUCGUCAUCGGAGAAGGAGAAGGACGACGAGGAGGCGGCGGCGCGCGACGGCGCCCGCGGAGAACCGGAGGAAGAGGAGGCAGCGGCAGGUGGGGCCGGGUCCGACGCGGCGCGGUGCGCGGUGUGCCUGGCGGACUACGUGGACGGCGACGAGCUCAGGCGGCUGCCUGGAUGCCGGCACGCGUUCCACCGCGGGUGCGUCGACCAGUGGCUGCGCCGGAGGCCGACGUGCCCGGUCUGCCGCGCGCCUCCGCCUUCGCCGCCGCUGGCGGCGGCGGCCAAGGGAGCAGCAGCCGGCAGCCCUGCUGCUGAGGUUGCCGGCUCGUCGUGAGGUCGCGAGGCCCGCGGCCGGCGGCGCGUGGGGUGAGACGAUGGGUCAGAGAAACACGUCGCGGUGACCGUCUCGCGUACGUAGUACGUCGCCGGCGUGAAGCGUAGGAGGUUGCGCAAUGCAGCACCGGACCGGAAUCGGAGUGUAGACGACCGAGGAGAGCGGCGGAAUUAUUAAGCGCUUGACAAAUUGUAUUUAUUGGUUUUAAAUUUCUCCUCUUCCUUGUACAUAUAAUAAGCCUUAUUCAGUUUCUAAAAUUUUGGGUUUUUAGGCACUGUAGCACU